AUGAAAUACCUGGAUCAAAAAACGAGACCUAGGAAUUGGUGUUUGGCAAUGAUAACAAAUCCAUAUCCUUUUAUAUCGCCUAAUUACACGUCAAUUUAUUUAUUUUUUUUUUGGGGAAAAAAUAAAAUAAAUUUAUUUUAUUUAAUAAAUUUAAUAAUCAGUAUGUUGGUAAUACUGCUUAAUUGCGUUACCUUGGGUAUGUAUCAGCCCUGCGAGGAGGGAAAUUGCGAUACGACAAGAUGUAAAAUAUUACAGGUACGUUCAAAAACCAAAUUUUUUUUUCGUUACGUCACACAUCCGAUGACGUCACACACAUAA